AUGAAGUUACUUAACAAAUCUUCAAGUCUAAAAUUCAAAGAUGGAGUUUCGCUCCAAUUGCAACCAGAAGAUAAAGAAGAUUUAUUUACACUUUAUCAGUUGAUAGAUCAAGAUGAUGAACUGAUAUUCAAAAAACGAUUUACUACAACGGUUGAUGUUGAUAAAAAGAAAAAGACAACUGAUAUGGUAAAGUUAAGAAUCCAAGUAGUUUCUAGGGAAUUUGACAUGAAAGAUGAGUUUUUAAGAUAUAAAGGGAGUACAGUAGAAGAUGACACUGGUAAGACUAAUUGCAAUAUUGCUGCUGGUAAAUUUAUUAGCUACACUAUUACAUAUGCUUAUCCUUUCACUCUUCUUAAAAAAAACUUUGAUAGUUAUGCUAAAAAACUAUUGGACGAAGCCUGUAAUCUAGAAGCAAAGGCAGAUACAGCUGCAAUUGUUCUGCAAGAAGGUGUUGCUCAUGUUUGCAUAUUAACUGCAUCUUCAACAAUCCUUAAACAGAAAAUUGAGUAUAGUUUACCAAAGAAAAAAACGACAACAGAUAUUGUAAAAUUUGAUGAAAAGACUGAAAAAUUUUAUAAAGCUAUCUAUGCGUCUAUUGUAAAAAAUUAUGAUUUUAACAAACUAAAAAUGAUAAUAUUAUGUUCACCCGGGUUCUAUGCGAAGACAUUGCAUGAGAAAAUCAUGCAAUAUGCUAUACAAGAACAAAAUAGAAAUAUUUUAGAUAAUGAAUCAAUGUUUUUAGUCGCACAUUCGUCAACAGGGUACAUGCAAGGCAUCACAGAAGUUUUGAAAAAUCCAAUAUAUGCCAAUAAAUUGCAGGAUACCAAAUAUUCCCAUGAAGCUAAUGUUAUGGAUUCUUUUAUGAAACAUCUCAAUGAAGACGACUAUAAAGCGUGGUAUGGUGAGCAAGAAGUCUUCAAAGCUGCUGAAUUAGGGGCAAUUGAUGAGUUACUGAUUACUGAUCUUCUUGCCCGUUCUCCAGAUUUAUGUCAAAGAAAAAAAUAUAUGGAUCUUAUGAAGUCAAUAGAGAGUUUAGGUGGUAAGGUGAUUAUUUUCAGUACUUUGCAUAUUUCAGGGGAAGAACUUGAUAGAUUGACUGGUAUUGCUUGUAUUUUAAAAUAUCCAAUACCUGAAUUAGAUGAAGAUCUUGAUUAUGAAGAGGAGAAUGAGUAG